AUGCGGCGCCUCCAAUUAUUUGGGAGAAAUAGAGAUGAGAGGUCAAUCUCGAUGGACACCCGAAGAAACCCAAUUGAUCGCACGUCUAAUGGCAACUCAAGUCUAGAAGACCCCAGGUCAGGCUUGCUUUGGCUACCGCUCAAGAUUCUCUUGCAAAUUUUAGAGCAAUUGGACACAGCCUCGCUACUAGCCUUAUGUCGGGUUCAUUCCCGGUUUUACGAUCUUAUCAGCAACAAGUUCUUAUACCAACACAUUGUUCUGAAGGACAAACUUGCUUUGCUCAAAUUUGCGACAUUGAUACAUUGCGAGGCACAUACCGCAGAGGCAAUAGCCAAGUCAAGGCCCAGUGCUCUGUCUCAAAACUUACGGUUUUUAGUUAGAUCUGUAGAGUUUGCAAAUCCCAUCUGUCAGGAUUCGAUCCUCAAAUAUAGCAAGUACUGUGGGAAAGACCAAGGAUCGACGAUAGGUGGGGCCUACCGGCUUGCUGGUGAAGAUGCCCGACAAGGCAUGCAAAGCGUGGUGCGGGACAAAACACUCGAGGCAAGUCCAGUGUCUGGGGCGCUCGAAAGGGGACGAUCCACUGAAGGCAGUCAAAAAAAGAGCAAGAACCUUUCUUCAACUCGAAGUACACCGACGCAAUCCCCCUUGCGAUCGUUUUUCGAAAUAUCUUCGACAUCUCGAGCCAGAGUAAUGGCCAAAUACGAGGGCCACACAUACAUUGAAUUGAUGCUUGACAUCAUUGAUUAUUGCCCGAAUCUUACUCACAUCAUUUUAAGCGAUUUACAGCAAGGUUUCAAGAUUCCCCUGUGGUAUUCUGCCCUCAAUGAUAGGUCCAAAGACUUUUAUAAGAGAAUCAUUAAGGGUCAGCAGUCUUUGAAUCGAAGCGAUCUAAGCUCGUUCGAGUUUUCCACCGAAUGGCUCUCCAGCUAUGAAGAAAAGUUUCAUAAUUUGCCUCGGUUUAAGAAACUUGAACUAAGGGCGGCUGCCGACAAACCGCCUAUUCAACUACGUUCCAACAUGUUGAGCUGUUUUGGCGUAUUUGACGAAUUAAUUCUGCAAAAUAUGAUAAUCGAUGCAGAAUCUCUGGAUACUCCGUUAGAGUACUUACCUCUUUAUAUGAAAGUUAAUGAUGACGGUUACUUGGACCUUCAUCUGCCAAUUUCUUCUCUGACCCUGGGUCGUUGCGAAAUUGUACCCGGCAAUGGCCUAAUGAAGCUGUUGUCUUCGUAUUUUCUAAAAGUGAAGACCCUAAAGCUACUCAACAUACAAAGCAAAUAUGACCUCAUUUUGACCAAUUGUUUCGCUAGUUUGAGCCACCUGAUAAUCGACUGUAAUAGCAGUUGUUUCAAUCAUCAGCGGGUAGUAAAGAGUGACUACUACCACAAAUCGCGCAGUCACGAAAUAAAUGACAACGCUUCAAUAGCCGACACCUUAGUCGACGUGCCUGUUAAGCAAGAGUUGGAGACUCCACCAUCAACUACCCCUGUAAUACUUGCGAUGGACGGUGGUUUUAUUAAACGUACGAAUAACAGCGAAGGUAAGAAACCAGGCAUGGUGAGAGAUGUACAACAACUUUAUUUCAAAGAUAUGAGGAUUGCACCUUUUCAUUACUUUUUCCAUUACUUUAAGAGCUUAUGGGAUCGAAUUCCAACAAAAAAUAUCAAGAUCUCAAUCAUUAAUAUCCCAUUUACCAAUGUAUACCCUCUUCCACCUGCCAUAUUUUGGCGACAAUUGGAAAGCGGCACAGAAGACGAUCAGCAAACUUUAUGUGGUUCUAUCCACGCCGAAGAAGAGAAUGCCACACCACAUUGGUGGGACGAAGAUGUGGAGCGAUGUCUGAGACAAACACUGGUAAACAUAGAUUCCGAUGUCGCUGAAGGUCAUAACCUCGAUCAUCAGUUUUGGAAUAGUUACCAAGAUGCUCGAAUAUAUAAAGAUAUUCCCAAUGUGAAUUUGUGGUACUUCUUGAGAUCAUUGUCAAACUUCAAAUCUGUCGACAUCAAGAUGUUAAGAAAAUGGCUGUUAUGUACUCCCAGAUCAAGGUACGAUUGGGAAAUUCUAUUGAAGCCUAUACUGAAUGGAGAGGUUCCCGUCACCGUCAGAGACAACGAAGGAUUCGUGCUAUAUAAGUAUGGAUCAAGCUAG